GACAGUUUGCGUUUCGAUGCAACGCAAGUACAACCAGUUCGCAAAUAUUACUAUUAUUAUUAUUAUUAUUAUUAUUUUUAUUAUUAUUUUCGGUCAGCUCUUCGCACGCGCGCGCGAGUGUGUGCGUGUUGUUCCUGUGCAGUGCGCGCGCGGUCGCGUGUGUGUCUAUAUAUUGUCUGUACGCAUUAAUAGUCAUAGAUAGUAAUAGGUACGUCGCCGUCGAUAAUAUUAUCUCAAAUUUUAUUAAACGAUCUUAAUUUUUUUUUAUACUUACCGUUGUCGUUGCAAGUGCCCACAGUGCGUCUCCCGGUAAGGUGUCCUGUUUUUUCCAGCGAUUUUCGUAUUAAUUUUCUCAUUUUCCAAAUUAAAUUUUUUAACCACAUACCAAUAAAUUAUCGAAAACCACGACGGUGGUGUUGGCGGUUGCGGUGGCUCACGAUUUUCAGCAGCCCAUGGUGACGACCGACCGACCGACCGACGCGUAUCGUGAGGCACACCUCCGACCGACCGACGCGUGGCGUAAAGCGCACCCCCGACCGACCGGCAGACAGAUCGACCGACCACCAUCACGACGGCGGCAGUCGCGUGUCCCCGUGCCAUGACCUGCCAGUUUCCGGUCCGGACUCAUCCACUACCGUUGCAGGGCGGGACAGUGUCGACCGAAGCCCACUGCGUGAUGGGCGACCUGCAGCAUUUCUGUCUGCGCUGGAACAACUACCAGAACAGCAUCACCACAGCGUUCGAGAAUCUGAGAGACGAUGAGGACUUCAUCGACGUGACGCUGGCAUGCGACGGCAAGAGCCUAAAGGCCCACCGGGUGGUCCUGUCCGCGUGCAGUCCAUAUUUUCGGGAACUGUUGAAAAGUACGCCGUGCAAACACCCAGUGAUCGUGUUGCAAGACGUCGUUUUCGAUGACUUGCAGGCGCUGGUUGAGUUCAUCUACCACGGUGAGGUAAACGUCCACCAGAGGAACCUGAGCUCGUUUCUAAAGACCGCCGAAGUUCUCAGGGUCAGCGGUCUCACGCAACCGUCCGAUUCCACUACCGCCAACGACCAUGCCGCGAGGCAGUCUUCCGAGACACCACCCGCGGAAAACUCGUUUCUUCAGUCGUUCGCCACACAAGCAUCUGAAGGCAGAGUGUCACCACAGGUCAGACAGAGGAAAGGUUUUCCUCAACAAUCACCGUCGUCCAUACCUUCACCGCGGUCAAAGGAAAACUCUCCGAUACCGUUGAAACGCACCAACAAGACUCCGUCGAACCCGUCUUCGGGCGGCGGUGGCGGUGGUGCCAUGCCCAUCGGUGGCGGAGGCAUGGACCUGUCCGAGAGGACGUCUCAACACAGUCCCAGCUCGGCGGGCAGCCGGCCCAACUGCAUCGACGACGACGACGCGGGCGAACGUUCGGACGGUGGCCUUGGCGGUGCCGUCGGGAGUAACGGCCACAGCAACGGACAUCUACCGCACAACCUAAACCUCCACCAGCAGCAGCAGCAACAGCUCCACGACGAACCUCCGAUGGACUAUUCGCGGACGCACCAAAACCACCAGCAACAGCAACAGCCGCCACCUAACGCCCUGCAACAGCUGCAGGACACGGCGCAGAACCUGAUGAUGUCUCGCCGGUCGCCCGCUGAAGUCAAGACCGAGCCGAUGGACACCGCGUCCGCGGCGGCCGUCAACAGCGGCAGCGCGUACGCGGACGACAGCAACGACUCGGCGGCUGACUUCACGGGCGUCCACCCGGCCAUCGGCAUGUCCGAACCGGACGACACGUCCUACCAGAGCCAUCACUCGUACCUGGACAGCAAGUUCUUCGCGGCCGCGGGCGCCUCGUUCAACUUCAGCAUGGCAGCCGCCAUGGCCGCAGACUCGUUAGCGGGUCUCAACAAUCACAACCAUACCAACGUGAUGGAGGCUCUAGGAGGCUCCAGUUCUCAAGACUGGUCAGAGGCUGGUGGCGGAGGAGUUGGCGGCGGGGGCGCGGAGACGCUGUCCUGUUUCGUAUGCGGCAAGCGCCUGAGCACCAGGUUGACGUUGAAGCGGCACAUCGAACAGCAGCACAACCAGCCUCUGCACUCGGCCGUCUGCAACGUGUGCAACAAAGUGUUCCGCACGCUCAACAGUCUCAACAACCACAAGAGCAUUUACCACCGGAAGCCCAAAGCGUACAAGUCGGCGGGCGGGGGCGGUAACGUGGGGGCGGGGGCGGCGGCGGUAGUGGCUUCGACGGCGGCCACGACCGCGCCGACGACGACGACGACUACUUCCGCGGCGGCGGUCACGUCGUCGUCCGCGUCGCCCGACGGUAACGGCGGCGUGUCCAGAUGCACCAACACCGCCGCCGCCGCCGCCGCCGACGCCGCUGCCUCGUCCGUGAAAAACUUACCGCCACUGACCAUGUGGUACAACAACAACAUAAACAACAACAACAACAACAACAACAGCAACUGACGCAAGCUGCAGCGGAGCGCCUGAACGGGCUCCGACGUCGUCUUCGUCGUCCGAACGACGCGACGGCGGAAGAGGAAGAGGACGACGACGAUGACCGGACAGAGGGACGACGACAGGACAGAGUGACGACGACGACAGUAUUACGAACGACGUGGACGAGAAUGAACGAUAAUAAUAAUUAAUAACGAUAUCAUUACGACGCCCCGCGUAGCCGACGACUGUAAAGUGCAAUAAGAUUAAUUUAUGUGUUGUUAUAUAACGAUAUUAUAUUAUAACAGUAGAAAUCGUUUUGAUGAUUGUAAGUUUUGUAGGUUUCGUGUUUAAUAUUUAUUUUUUUUUCGUUUUCCGACGCGACUGUGAACAAAUUUUAUUAUAAAAUACCAUCGACGAAUUAUAUCGGAAUCAUUAUUUAUCAUUAUUUUUUUUCUCGUGUUUGUUUAGGUAUUAUUAUUAUUAUUAUUAUUAUUAUAUUAUUUGAUUAAACGAACGGUGGUUCGAUAUAGGAUUAGUGCUGUAUACAUAUAGGUAUAAUAUAAUAUUAUAUAAUAUUGUGUAGGUACAUUGAGUAUAUAUUUUUGUCUUUUCGACGUUUAGACUGUGUUCGUACAAGGUUUAGUGAAACGAAAAAAAUAAUAAAAUAUGUAUAAAUAAAAUAUAGUACUGUACGCACACGCA